CGGACACUUGCAGCCAUUUUACGCAGCACGAAUCCAAUCAUGUCGUGAGAGAGAAGCUCGCCGCUCACCUGAGCCAACAGCCGCCGCCAACCGGUGGUCGCACGCAGGCAGGAGGGCAGAGAGGAGAAGCGGGAACGGGCGGCCAACAUGGUGAAGAGGAAAAGCUUGGAUGACAACGAGCCGGAGUGCGGGAAAGGAAUCCCGUUUCCCAUCCAGACCUUCCUGUGGCGGCAGACCAGUGCGUUUUUGCGUCCUAAGUUGGGGAAACAAUAUGAAGCAUCUUGUGUGUCCUUUGAGCGUGUCCUGGUUGAGAACAAGCUACACGGCUUGUCGCCGGCCCUUUCCGAGGCGAUUCAAAGCAUUUCCCGAUGGGAGUUGGUCCAGGCUGCCCUGCCGCAUGUUCUGCACUGCACCUCUAUCUUGCUGUCCAAUAGGAACAAACUUGGUCAUCAGGACAAACUGGGUGUGGCCGAAACCAAGUUGCUCCACACGCUGCACUGGAUGCUCUUGGAUGCCGCCCAGGAGUGCAACCAUGAGCCCAGCCUGAGCCACGGUUGGUCUGCCGGUAGCAGCGGUGGGGGCGCCUUCCUGCAACCCGUCGGAAACCAGGGCUCAUCGCCAGGCGCACCAGGCUCCUGCUCUAGCUCUGCCCUAGGAGGGUCUGGUCAACAUCACAGCAGUUCCCUGCUCGAAGAGGAUGAGCAUGCUCGCACCAAGUUGUUCCACAAGAGCAUGGCAACCGUGGAGCUCUUCGUGUUUCUCUUUGCGCCUCUGAUUCACCGGAUAAAGGAGUCAGACUUGACCUUUCGCCUGGUCAGUGGUCUCAUAAUUUGGCAGCCAAUGUGGGAGCACCGCCAGCCUGAUAUCCCCGCCUUCACAGCCCUCAUUAAACCGGUCCGAAACAUUGUAACAGCAAAAAGGAACUCCCCGAUCAGUAACCAGUGUAGCCCACGUGGGUCUGGAAACCCUGGUCCCAUGGGCUUUCAGGUUGUCUGUGAGGCUGGCCAUUCCGAUUCUUCUUCUUCCUCAGCUGCAGGAGAGCACAGCUGUCGCCGCGGUAACUCUGUGGAGAAAAGCGGUCCUUCCCAGCAACCACCACUAAUCAAAGGACCCACCAAGAAGAAGACAUCAGCCCCCGCUGGCAUACCAGUAUCACUGUCUCAGCGUGCUCGCUACGCCACCUACUUUGAUGUUGCGGUCCUGCGCUGCCUUCUGCAGUCUCACUGGACUGAGGAGGGGGUGCACUGGGCAUUGAUGUACUACCUCCAACGGCUGAGACAGAUUCUGGAGGAGAGACCUGAACGUGCGCCAGAACCGCUCGUCACUCCUCUGCCACGCCCGCGAAGCAGCUCCAUGGUGGCCGCCACCCCUUCAUUGGUCAAUACCCACAAAACACAAGAUAUGAGUCUUAAAUGCAACGAGGAGGGUAAAUCUCUGAGCACUGAGACGUUCACCAAGGUAUCCUUAACCAACCUUCGGCGCCAAGCUGUACCUGACCUUUCAUCUGACCUUGGCUUGAAUAUCUUCAAAAAGUUUAAAAAUCGGCGUGAGGACCGAGAGCGGAAGGGGUCAAUUCCCUUCCAUCACACAGGGAAGAAGCGCCAACGCCGUAUGGGCGUCCCCUUUCUGCUCCACGAGGACCACCUGGAUGUCUCACCCACCCGCAGCACGUUCUCAUUCGGAAGCUUUUCUGGCCUGGGCGAUGAUCGACGUACUCUGGACCGUGGGGGCUGGCAGGCCACCAUCAUGGGUAAAUUCACGCGUCGGGGCAGCACAGACACAGCCGCCGACGCCGACAGCCUGAGCACCAAACACUCGCAUUCCCACCAUUCACUUCUCCGAGAAAUGCCCGACCACUCUAAUAGCCACAGUGAGAACACCGUCAAAGAGGUUCGAUCCCAGAUCUCCACCAUUACUAUGGCCGCGUUCAACACAACCGUGGCGUCUUUUAACGUGGGCUAUGCGGACUUCUUCACUGAGCACAUGAAAAGACUGUGUAACCCUGUGGUGGUCCCAGAGAUGCCUGUGGAGCCGCUGGCCUGUGCCAACCUUCCUCGCAGCCUGACUGACUCCUGUAUUAACUACUCCUGCCAAGAGGAGGGUGACAACAUCGAGGGCACCAAUAACUUUGUGCUAAAGAAUGGAAUGUUGGAUCUUACAGCAGUGCUGCGUGCCCUCUAUGCUGUCCUCAGCCAUGACAUCAGCUCUAGGAUCUGUGAUGUUGCGCUCAACAUCAUUGACUGCCUGCUGCAACUGGGCGUUGUGCCCGGGGUGGGUAAAAAGCUGUCCAAGCCUGACAACAAGGAGAAUGAAGAGGUGCGAGCCAAGGACGCAGUUGGCCACAGCCUUGGAGGAGGAGGCGGGGGAGGAGGUGGUGGUGGAGAUGGCGGCAGCGGAGGAGGAGGCGGAGGGGGGAGCGGCGGAGGAAGUGGCCAAGGAAGCAAGGAUGAUGUGAAGAAUAAUAAGGACAGUGACAAAAAGGAAGAGAGUUCUUCCUUGAGCACCCACCGGCUGGCCCUCUCCAUGCUCAUCAAGAUAGUCAAAUCCCUGGGUUGUGCUUACGGAUGUGGCGAGGGACAUCGUGGCCUUUCGGGAGAUCGCCUGAGGAUGCAGGCUCAAAACUGCUUGACAAACCUUUACAAGCUGGACAAGCUGCAGUUUCGCCAGACAAUGCGUGACUAUGUCAACAAAGACUCUCUGAAUAACAUUGUGGACUUUCUUCAUGCUCUGCUGGGCUUCUGCAUGGAGCCUAUCACCGACAAGUACGGCAGUGCAGGUGAGAGGUCCAGGAGGGCGAAAAAACGAAACAUCGAUAAAGCGGGGUUUGGGAACAAUUUCACCACAGGCGACAACAAGUCCUUGGCGCAGAACAUGGAGGCGGUGGUUGUGGGUUGCAUGUUCAAGUCGUUGAUCACCCGCUGCGCCUCCACGACACAUGAGCUUCACAGCCCUGAGAACCUGGGUCUGUACUGUGACAUUCGCCAGCUAGUGCAGUUUAUAAAGGAAGCUCAUGGAAAUGUUUUUCGUCGUGUGGCCCUGAGCGCGCUCCUAGACAGCGCUGAGAAGGUCACAGCUGCCAAAAAACCAGAGGAUAGAGAUGAGAGCAAAUUGCAAGCACCAAGAAGGUCAGAGGCAGGUAUGUCCGGGGUGAAGGGUCAGGUGUCCAGUGCUGCAGAUGAGUGUCGCAGCUACAUCUCCAGCAGACCCCCCCAGACCCCCGAACAUGAGGAGCAAAUCCCGGGAGCUCUGCUUGGCAGAAAAGACUUUUGGAGGAAGAUGUUUAAGUCGCAGAGUGCUGCCAGUGACACCAGCAGCCAGUCGGAACAGGACACAUCGGAAUGCACCACCGCCCACUCUGGCACCACCACAGACCGUCGCUCCAGAUCGAGAUCCCGGCGUAUUUCACUUCGUAAGAAACUCAAACUGCCCAUAGGCAAUUGGCUGAAGCGUUCAUCUCUCUCCGGACUUACUGACGGUGUGGAAGACCUAUUAGAUAUCAGCUCAGUUGAUAGACUCUCUUUUAUACGACAAAGUUCAAAGGUGAAGUUCACCAGCGCAGUCAAGCUGUCAGAGGGCGUUGCCACCGGGCCAGAGUACGGCAGGGAUGAGGAAGAGAAUUUCUUCAAGCGGCUCGGUAAAUGGAGGUCUGGCAGGAGGAAUCCAUCCAAGCUUCACCACACAGAAGAGAAAGAUGGACCCCAUGGUUUCCAGGAGCGUCUUGCCGCCAGUCAGGAGGCCAUAAAAAACAAAAAUGUUGUGAACCUGGGUGCUAUUCGACAGGGCAUGAAACGCUUCCAGUUUCUGCUCAACUGCUGUGAGCCCGGGACCAUACCUGACGCUUCAAUCCUUGCCGCUGCUCUAGACCUGGAAGCGCCCAUCGUAGCUCGGGCAUCCCUCUUUCUUGAAUGUGCUCGAUUUGUUCAUCGCUGUAACCGUGGCAAUUGGCCAGAGUGGAUGAAGGGACACCAUGUUAACAUCACCAAGCGAGGCCUGUCCAGGGGGCGAUCGCCCAUAGUGGGAAAUAAAAGGAAUCAGAAACUCCAGUGGAAUGCAGCAAAGCAUUUCUGUCAGUGGGGAGAUGCAAUUGGCACGCGGCUGAGCGAAUUGUGCCACUGCGACAGCGAAAGUCCUGCCAACAUCCUGGGGUACAUCUACGAUGAGGAGGCGAAACGGAGAAUGAGGAAGGAGGAUGAGGAAGAGGACUACUUAGAUGAUAACACAGUCAAUCCGACAAAGUGUGGCUGCCCUUUUGCCCUGAAAAUGGCUGCUUGCCAGCUGCUAUUGGAAAUCACCACCUUUCUACGAGAGACGUUCCCUUGCUUGCCGCGACCACGCACGGAACCACUUGUGGAUUUAGAAAGCUGCCGUCUGCGUCUGGAUCCCGAGCUUGGACGACAUCGCUAUGAGAGGAAGAUCAGUUUUGCAGGCAUCCUUGAUGACGAGGACGGCCAUGACUCGCUUAACAGUAGUAGCCACACUCUGAAGUCAGACACCAUGUGUGAUGAGAAAAAGGUUCAAGAGGCCACAGCUCCGACCAGGAAAAUUCGAAUCGGCGGCUCGCGGCUCCUCCAGAUUAAAGGAGCCCGCAGUUUCCGUGUGAAAAAGGGGGGGUCUUUGUCUUCCAUACGGCGGGCGGGCAGCCUGAAGAGCACCAAGAUGUCCCGACAGGAUUCAGAAUCAGAAAAUGAGGAGGGGAUACUUUCACAAACAAACAGCAGGGAUACUGUGACAGACAUCGGUAGUCCCUGUAGCACUAGUGAACCCAGCAUCGAGCCUGAGGGCCAGAGCUCAAGCGGAACAGAAGACAACUACCACCGCAACAUGUCAUGGCUCCACAUCAUGAUCCUGCUGUGCAACCAGCAGAGCUUCAUCUGCACUCACAUUGACUUCUGCCACCCGCGUUGCUACCAGCACCACAACCGCUCCUGUGCCCGCCUUGUGCGGGCCAUCAAGCUAGUGUACGGUGAGACGGUGGACAGUCUAAGAGAAGACAGCGGCGCAACGGCCGCCGGCAUCAUGAGUGCUCGUGCUCAGAAAAACAAAGAGUGUUCUGACAAAUCAUGUCUGAGAACGCCAUCCAUGAAAAGGAGACCCACUGACAGCAACACAGAAGGAAAGAAGGACACUGGGAUGUUAAAAUACAUCAGGAACCAAGUGAUGAGCUUGUCGCCAGCUCCCUUGUCACUGCUCAUCAAAGCUGCUCCCAUCUUGACUGAUGAUAUGUAUGGAGACAUUCAGCCUGCAGCUUGGGAGCUCCUGCUCAGCGUGGAUGAACAUAUGGCAGCAGCUUCAGCCGCCAUGUUUCUCCUGUGCGCAGUCAAGGUCCCCGAUGCCGUGACUGAGAUGAUGAUGGCCGAGUUCCAACACCACGAGGCCUGCCAGCGGAUUAACUCUAUCCUGAAAUUCUACACGCUUUGGCGAUUCCGCUACCAGGUGUGGCCUCGCAUGGAGGAAGGAGCCCAGCAGAUCUUCAAAAUUCCGCCACCCAGCAUAAACUUCACCCUGCCAUCUCCCAUACUUGGCAUGCCCUGUGUCCCCAUUUUUGACCCCCCAUGGGUUCCCCAGAACACCGGAAGUGUCCAAGACCCAAUCAAUGAGGACCAAUCUUUCCCCACGUUAAUUCAGUCAGUCCAUGCCAUAAAAUCCUUCUCAGCACGGGCAGUGUCACGCUCCCAUCAACGAGCCGAGCACAUCCUAAAGAACUUGCAGCAGGAGGAGGAGAAGCGACGCCUGGGUCGUGAAGCCAGCAUCAUUACAGCCAUCCCUGUAGCGCAGGAAGCAUGCUACGAGCCCACGUGCAGCCCUCCGUCAGAGCAAGAGGAGGAAGCAGAAGAAGUGGUGAACCUGGCGUCUCGCCGUCUGUCUGUUAGUCCAUCCUGCGCCUCCAGCAACUCCCACAGGAAUUAUUCUUUCCGACGAGGCUCUGUGUGGUCAGUCCGCUCAUUAGCCAGUGCUGAAGAUGAAGAGAAUACGACAGAACACACACCCACACACCACAUGGUACAGCCACCACAGGCAGUCUUUCCAGCAUGCAUUUGUGCUGCCGUGCUCCCAAUCGUGCACCUCAUGGAGGACGGUGAGGUUAGAGAGGACGGUGUAGCUGUGAGUGCAGUUGCCCAGCAAAUCUUGUGGAACUGCCUCAUUGAGGAUCCUGCCCUUGUUCUGCGUCAUUUCCUGGAGAAACUCACCGUGAGCAACCGGCAGGAUGAGUUGAUGUACAUGUUAAGGAAGCUGCUGCUUAAUAUUGGAGACCUUCCAGCACAGACCUCCCACAUCCUUUUCAACUACUUGGUGGGCUUGAUCAUGUACUUUGUGCGGACACCCUGCGAGUGGGGGAUGGAUGCCAUCUCAGCUACGCUCACCUUCUUGUGGGAAGUGGUGGGCUAUGUAGAAGGGCUAUUCUUCAAGGACCUGAAGCAGACCAUGAAGAAGGAACAGUGUGAAGUCAAGCUGUUGGUCACUGCGUCCAUGCCAGGAACCAAGACUCUGGUGGUCCACGGACAGAACGAGUGUGACAUCCCGACGCAGCUGCCAGUCCAUGAAGACACACAGUUUGAAGCUUUGCUUAAGGAAUGUCUGGAGUUCUUUAACAUUCCAGAGGCUAGGUCAGCACAUUAUUUUCUUAUGGACAAACGGUGGAACCUCAUCCAUUAUUCCAAGACAUACGUAAGAGACAUCUACCCCUUUCGGAGGUCAGUCUCACCACAGCUCAACCUUGUUCACAUGCUUCCUGAGAAAGGACAGGAGCUUAUCCAGAAACAGGUGUUUUCCCGCAAACUGGAGGAGGUAGGCCGAGUGCUCUUCCUUAUCUCCCUUACUCAGCAUAUGCCAGCGGUCCAUAAACAGUCCCACGUCUCACUGCUCCAAGAAGACCUUCUCCGCCUGCCAUCUUUCCCGAGAACUGCUAUUGAUGCCGAGUUCUCCCUUUUUAAUGAGACACAGGGUAAGGAGCUAUUCGGCUUAGACACCCUUCACAAGGUGUUGUGGAUUAAGCUUCUUGAAGAGAUGUUCCUGGGCAUGCCCAGCGAGUACCCGUGGGGAGAUGAGAUGAUGCUGUUCCUAAAUGUUUUUAAUGGGGCGUUACUCCUUCACCCGGAAGACAGCGCCCUCCUCAGACAGCAUACAGCCACUGCGAUCAACACUGCCGUACACUUCAAUCAUCUGUUCUCACUGAGUGGCUAUCAGUGGAUCUUGCCAACUAUGCUACAGGUGUAUGCAGACUACGAGGGCAACCCUUUAUUGAGACAAGGGAUCGAAUUUUGCUGUCGCCAGUUCUACAUCCUCCACCGCAAGCCCUUUAUCCUGCAGUUGUUUGCCAGCGUAGCGCCAUUGCUAGAAUUCAAUACAAGCACCAGUAGUGGACUUUCCAAGGGAGUGUCUGCUCAGUGUUUGUUCGACCUUUUGGUCUCUCUGGAAGGUGAGACUCAGGAUGCCCUGGAUGCACUGGAACUUGUCAAGGCUGAGAAACCACUGCGCUCUCUUGAUUUCUGCUACGGUAAUGAGGACUUGGCCUUUUCAAUUAGUGAGGCCAUCAAGCUGUGUGUCACCGUGGUAGCGUAUGCACCUGAAUCCUUCAGGAGUCUCCAAAUGUUGAUGGUGCUGGAGGCCCUGGUCCCAUGUUAUCUCCAGAAGCUGAAGAGCAACACAAUGACUAUGGAGUCAGCCUCGGCUGCCAGGGAUGAGAUUGCAGCUAUUGCUGCUCUGGCCACGUCAUUGCAAGCAUUGCUUUACAGCUCAGAGGCCCUCACAAGGCCCAUGACGGCACCACAGAUAUCCCGCUGUGAUCAAGGCCAUAAAGGAGGAACCACUGCCAAUCAUACAAUGUCAGGCGGCAUCAACACAAGGGACAACCUCCACUUACUGGAAGAGGGCCAGGGCAUGCCAAGGGAAGAGCUGGACGAGCGCAUCGCAAGGGAGGAAUUCCGUCGACCUCGAGAGUCUAUGCUGAACAUCUGCACUGAAUUCUAUAAGCAUUGCGGCCCGCGUCUGAAGAUCCUGCAGAAUGUAGCUGGUGAGCCACGAGUGACGGCGUUGGAGCUUCUCGAUAUGAAGUCCCACAUGAGGCUGGCCGAGAUUGCCCAUGCCCUUUUGAAGCUGGCGCCAUAUGACACCCUGACCAUGGAGAGCCGAGGCCUACGCCGGUACAUCAUGGAGAUGCUGCCCAUCACUGACUGGUCUUCUGAGGCCGUGCGUCCCGCUCUCAUCCUCAUCCUCAAGAGGCUCGACCGCAUGUUCAACAAGAUUCACAAAAUGCCCACGCUCAGGUGCGCUCGCCCACAGGCAUUGUGCACCAGGAGACAGGUGGAGUGGGAAGCAGCCAGUAACCUGAUUGAGGGCAUAUGUCUGACUCUGCAGCGACAAUCAAUCAUCUCCUUCCUCCCACACCUUCGCUCCCUCAUCAACGUCUGUGUCAAUUUGGUUAUGGGUGUGGUGGGUCCAUCCAGUGUAGCAGACGGUUUACCUCUGCUUCACCUCAGCCCUUACCUCUCACCGCCACUCCCUUUCAGUACAGCGGUGGUCCGGUUGGUCGCCUUACAAAUUCAGGCUUUGAAAGAAGACUUCCCUCUGAGCCAUGUGAUCUCACCUUUUACCAAUCAGGAGAGGCGAGAGGGGAUGCUGCUAAAUCUGCUCAUUCCCUUUGUUCUCACUGUCGGGUCUGGAAGCAAAGACAGCCCUCACCUUGAGCAGCCGGAAAUCUUCCUGCUGCUGCAGACAGUCAUCAACAUUCUGCUGCCUCCACGCAUCAUCUCCACAUCCCGCACCAAGAACUUCAUGCUGGAUGCUUCGCCGGCUCACUGCUCUACCCCCGGUGAUACGGGAAAGGAUCUGCGCAGGGAGGGUUUGGCUGAGUCCACCAGCCAGGCAGCAUAUCUGGCUCUGAAAGUGGUAUUAGUGUGCUUCGAACGCUCGCUGGGGAACCAAUGGUACCGUCUAAGUUUGCAAGUUAAGGAGAUGGCUCUCAGGAAGGUGGGCGGCCUGGCUUUCUGGGACUUCAUUGACUUCAUCGUGCGAACCCGCAUCCCCAUUUUUGUUCUACUGAGGCCCUUCAUACAGUGCAAGCUCUUGACGCAACCAGCAGACUCUCAGGAAGAGAUCACAGCACGUCAUCAUAUCGCCGACCAGCUAGAGCGACGCUUCAUCCCACGACCUCUGUGCAAGAGCUCGCUGUUUGCAGAAUUCAACAACGAACUCAAAAUCCUCAAAGAGGCUGUCCACAGCGGCUCUGCGUACCAGGGAAAGACGUCCAUCAGCACAGUGGGCACUUCCACAUCAGCUUACCGCCUCAGUUUGGCCACAAUGUCGCGCUCCAACACGGGUACUGGCACAGUUUGGGAACAGGACAGCCAGCCAUCACGCCAGCCAUCCCAGGACACGCUCAGUCGCACUGAUGAAGAUGAUGAAGAGAAUGACUCCAUAAGUAUCCCCAGUGUAGUGAGUGAACACGAGGCGUUUUUGCCCAGACUUAUAUCGGAACGCCGAUUCUCCAGCCAUGCCACCGGCUCAGCCACUCUGCAACCCGAAGCACCCCGAAGCACAAUGCUUCCCAGCCACAGUGAACCCAAUGUGCUAGAUGAGUCCCAGGGCCUUCUGCAGGAGGGCAACCUCUCUAGGGUUGCCAGCGUACAGAGCGAACCUGGACAGCAAAACCUACUCAUUCAGCCUCCGCUGGGAAGGAAGCGAGGCCUCAGACAGCUGCGGCGCCCCCUGUUGUCCAUUCCAAAAACUGAGCCACGUGGUCGUUCAGGAGCUCGUCUUUCCACAACGCGCCGGAGCAUCCAACCCAAAAACAAACCACUGGAAACUUUAUUGGACUGUGAAGCGUCGCAAGGAGACCAAAAGAGAUCGGUCACCUUCACCGAGACGCGGAGCCAGCAAGCGUGCGCCGGAGCCGGGAAGCCUUCCAGUCCGAGCGGCAAAGAUGUUCUAGUUGAGGGCAGGAAGGCCAACCCUGCCACAUCCAAGCCCCCAAUGCUGGAAGUGCCCUCUGCCUCAUCGGCCACCGUCAUCGCCGACCUGCACAGCCCUGCCAAAACACAGGUUGCUCAGAGUAUGACUAUCAAGGAGAAACGAGAGCAAUGGGGCCUCCGCAGCAGCCUUUCCCCACCCACCUCCAUCUCUCGUGCUUCGACCCCAACACCACCACCUCAUCCCUGCUCACCCCUUACCCUGUCAAGAACCAGCUCCCCUUUGUCGCGCACCUGCUCUCCUCUUCCUCCACCCCUCCCAGUGCUGAGUACGGCACCGUCCCCCGGGCCACCUCAGCCGCCCGUUCUCUCUCUCCCACCAAGCCCACUUGUUGCUCCGCCAACGGCCAGCUGCAACCGAGAGAGUCCCGGGGACGCGGAUACCACCGCACUCCUGCCACAAAGUAACACCCUGCUUCAACUAAGUGAAGACGAGGGCACAGAAAACCCUCUCCUCACCCCACUCUUGACCACAUCCUCACCUCAGCACUCACCUUGCCGAAUUCCUCUUUCUCCUGGUGACUUGGACUUGGGUGAGUCACAUGUGUAAAGUUACUUUUAUUCCCAUUGCGCCAACUCACAGCAAAAGUUGACACAUUACCAAAUUUAAUCUCACUGACGACAAUAGAUGUCUGAACGGGAGGAGAGGAAAGACUAGGGUAUGACAGGGCAGUGUGAGUGCGACAUGCGACGAGUUUUAACAUUUUAAAGAGUUAAGCAAGUCAUUCCUUCAAUGAGGAAAACCAACUGAACCCCAAUGUGCUCCUUUCUGUACAAAACCUUUACAGAAUAGAAGUGAAUGUAUGUUUUAUGAGAGUUCAUGACAAUACACUACAGUAUAUUCAUGAAAUAUAGUAUAAUUAAAUGACGUUAUAGAAAUUAUCAAAUUGUAGUAAAUUUUAUGAAGGUACUUAAUGAAAGAGAAUCACAUAUUCUUUAUGAUCGAUGAAAUAUAUACACACAUAUUUAUUUUUAAAUAUUCUUUAAAAAAAUAAUAACAUUGAAUAUUUACAGUGUUUGUCUUGCUGUCACAAUGCUGUUGUAACCAUUGCCAUGUAUCUGAUUCCAUGCCUUAAUAACAAGAAAAAAACAGCAAAUAUCAAUAACAUGAAAAAACAGCCAAUAUCAAUAUUUAGGUUUAGAUUAUUUUGUUUUGUGCUGUGAAAUACCUCUGAAACAUGGAAGAUUAUGAUGUGCCAUACUGUACGUCCAACCAGCACCGUUUGUUAUUGUCUGACCCCUUUAACUUCAAAUGUUGAUCACAACAAUUGUUCAUGUGUUCUUGUUCUGGUCUGUUCAGGCUGAGACAUUUGUGCCAUUGAAAUGUACUUUUGUGUGAUGUAACUGAAAAUACAAAAAUAUCAGCACAACAGAUGUGUCAUAUUAUUCUUUUUUUAUUUAAUUUUAGACUUUAGAUUAAAAAAAAAAAAAUCUUUUAAAAGGCAGUUGCGACAAUUAAUACGUUGCAGUGGAAAGACGUGCUAACAUUAAGUAAAAAAUUAAUAGUUGGUCAUUAGACUUUUGACGAUUGGUCACCGAAGAAUGAACGCAGAUGAAAUUAUAAUAUAGACAAAAUAUCGAAAUGGUGAUAUAUCGUGAUACUUUGUAUCCCAAAAGGUUAUUGAUAUGCUCCUGCCAAGAAUCAAGAUAUUGUUUUAAAAAGGUGUCAAUGUCUAAAAAAAAAAAAAAACACACACAAUAAAAAGUAGAGAUGUCCGAUCACGUCAUUUUCAAAGUAUCGGAAUCGGCAAAAAAAUAUCGGAUAUGCGUUUUUUAAUAUAUAUAUAUAUAUAUAUAUAUAUAUAUAUUUUUUUUUUUUUUUUAAUUAAAUCUUUUUCUAAUUGUAUUUAACGUUACAGACAAAAUGUCUAACACUCAUCCAGAGUAUUUAGUUUUGGUUUAAAGUGGGGCUUUCAAAUUUAUCGCGUCAACGGCGGUAAUAACAUUAAAAUAUUUAACACAAUUAACGCAUGCGCUGCACUACUCACUCACGCAUUGUCGCGUUCAAUCUACAAUGGCAUUGUGUUACAUAUACAUAGAACUAAAAGGCAACGUAAAAUGAGUAGAGAGAAUUUUGGCAGCCUUUGAAGCUUUUUUUAAUUGGCUAAAGCCUUACAAUCCCUCUCUCAAUGAUCAGAAAUAUCGUGGGAAGCAAUGUGGGGAAGAAAGGUAGUAGUUGAUCUUUUUCUUAACACCCUAUUGUAUUUUCCAACGCUGAGAAGAUAUAUCAAUUGGUACUAUUGCGCACAGUCAUGGUUGCACUUACCAUCAUGCAUUUGGGCAGAAGUUAAAUGGCUGAAUUAUCAUUUACUGAAAGCUCAUAAAAAUCCACUAGAUGGCAAUAUUUAGUCACAAUAUACAAAAUCACAUUUGUCCUUUAAGAAUUACAAGUCUUUCUAUCUGUGCAUCCCUCUCACAGAAAGAAUGUUAAUAAUGUAAAUGCCAUCUUGAGGAUUUAUUGUCAUAAUAAACAAAUACAGUACUUAUGUACUGUAUGUUGAAUGUACAUAUUCGUCCGAGUUUUAUUCAUUUUUUUCUUAAUGCAUUGCCAAAAUGUAUAUGAUCGGGAAAAAUUAUCGGGAAUGAUUGGAAUUGAAUCGGGAGCCAAAAAAAAGCAAUCGGAUCGGGAAAUAUUGGGAUCGGCAGAUACUCAAACUAAAAUGAUCGGGAUCUGAUCAGGAGCAAAAAAACAUGAUCGGAACAACCCUAAUAAAAAGGAACCAACAAGUGGCUACCAAAAUAUUCCAAAAUAAUAGUGUCUCAGUUAACGCCCAAUCCAUUUAGACUGGGAAAGUUCGUUCAUUCGAAACCAGAGCAUUCACAGUCAUUCUGUCCGAUUUUCAGGGCAUUUGCUGUUCAUUUUAGGGCAUUUACAGGUCAUUUCCUGUUGAGUUUGAGUCACUGCCUAUUCAUUUGGGUGAUUCCCAGGUCGCGUCAUGUUCUGUAACUCAAAAUAAACAGGAAGUAACCCAUAAAAUACCCCAAAAUCAACAGGAUGUACCGUAUUUUUCGGACUAUAAGUCGCAGUUUUUUUCAUAGUUUGGCUGAGGGUGCGACUUAUACUCAGGAGCAACUUAUGUGUAUAUAACACAUUAUGAUAUAAUUUCACAUGUUGUUUUGGUGUUUUGGAGUGACACUUAUGGUUUGGUAAACUUGUUAGCAUGUUCUUUAUGCUAUAGUUAUCUGAAUAACUCUUAAUAGCUAUGGCCAUGUUCGCAUUCUGCCUUUGGCAAUGUGUGUUCAAUUGUAUUAUUGACUUUUUCAUAUUGAAAUGCAUGCUUUUAGUUUGUGGCGCUUUCAAGCCUACGUGGGGGCGCACUCGCACUUGUUUACGCGAAGAAGAGCGCUCACACGCCAGAAGAAGACAGACAGCUAUGCAGCGUCUCUGACCGAGUGGGUGAGAGAGAGAGAGAGAGAGAGAGAGAGAGAGAGAGAGAGAGAGAGAGAGAUACGGCUGCGAACCUACGUUCAUUGUUUAUGCUUGUAAAAUAUCUCUACAGAGGCAACACCUGAGUGUAUCAUCUUUUUUGUGUUGUUGUUGUGUGUUUUCCACCCACGACACUUAGAGCUAGUUGUGUGGUUGUUUGAACGAUGUGCUAAUGCUAGCGAACGCUUGCUAACCGUUUGUGUCAUUUUUGUAAUAGCACCUAAUUAUCAUUUAUUUACGCUGAUGCGAACCUGUUUGGUAUCGAGGAUGGAAUUGAUUCAGCAAAUUAUACGGACGUCCAGCAUCGUCAUUUGGGAGUUUAGCUUGCUGUACAGCCAGGACCGAGCCGUAGCGUCCUGGUGAGGACAGUAUAUUCGCAUUUCGUUGUUCAUGCGUCAUGUAACAUCAUACUGUACACUUAUUCAGCAUGCUGUUCUCUAUUGUAUUUUUAUAUUAAAUUGCCUUUCAAGAGUACAUAUCUGUUCUAUGUGUUGGAUUUUAUCAGGUAAAUUUCCCCCCAAAAUGCGACUUAUACUCCAGUGCGACUUAUAGUCCAAAAAAUACGGUAACUGAAAAUCAACAGGUAAAUGACCUUAAAUGGCCCAAAAUGACCUCAAUGCCUGGCAUUGGCUGCCACUGAUGGCCAUCGACGUGAAAUGAACAUCGUUCAUUCGCUGCCAUCCCUCCCACUUCAAACGGAUUGGACGUCUACUAGUGAUAAAUUCAUUCCAAUUCACAGCAGAAGCUUGUUUUUCUGUUUAUUAAUUGUUUGUAGAAUAUCCUACAAUGAUUUUCUGACCAAUGUAUCGAUAAUCGUUGUAUCGCCAUAUCGUCAGAUCAACAUUAUCAUGAGCUUUGUAUCGCGUAUCGUAUCGUGAUGUACCAAGAGGUUCCCGCUCCUAAUUUUUGUGUAUGACAGGGUUUUGAUCAACUUGAAAGUGCUAAUUAUGAUGGAGAAAAAUUUGUACUGUGACAGCUACGUAUUUGACAUUGGGAAUCGGUUUUAUUGAAUAUGUUUGUUGAAAUUCAUUCAAAUCAAGCCAUGUAACAUAGCACAUGUAUCUAAUGUAAAUAUCACUAAGUACUGUAUAGUCAAACCAGGAAACAAAAUGAAUGUGUGUUUUGACCAAGGGCGUACGUUUGCUUAGGGACGGUAGGGACAUAACACUACCAACUUUUCAGGAUGCUGAAAUUGUCCCCACCAACUUUUUAGCCAUUUGCAUUAUAACUUCAGUUCAGUUAUAUGGGUAAUUUUUGAUUGUCUUCCCAUAUGUUGUAAGGCUAGAAUAGACCCUACCAUUAUUAAGUGAAGUAUUUUCAUUAUGUUCAGACUUAUAUUUAUCCCUUUUCACUUGCUGAAUGUGCUGGUCCAUUUCUUUCCCCUCAAGUGCACGUUUGAUUGGAUGAUGACUUGACCCCCACCCCCCACCCCCGCCCCCUCCUCCCACCACACAGACCCACACAACCUCGCCGACAGAAAUACAAAGUGCAGCCUCCUCCACUCCCUUCGAAGAGGAAGGAUAUUAGAAGUUGUUGUUUUUUUUCGGACAGCUGCAACAUUGGGGGAAACACCACUAAUUUUGCUACUAAAAGUCCGACCUGCAUCAGAGUUAGCAUAGUAUUAACCUGUGUGAACUUGACAACCUGCAAAACUACUGCGGUCAGGCCAGUGUCAGUGUCCCUCUGAAGUGGACCCAUUCUUGGGACUUACGGUGAAGCACAUAAUGCAACCAAGGAUCCAAAUGAGGGUUGGCUAGCUUGACUUGUGGAGGCUGGCUUGACCGCAGUAGAUUUGCAGUUUAAUAAGUUCACACAGAUUAAUGCUAUGCUAACUUUGAUGCAGGUCUGACAUGAACAUGAACUGACAUGAAAAAAAAGUGAAAUGAAA